AUGCUUUUUAGAAACAUAGAAGUAGGUAGACAAGCAGCCAGGUUAUUAACGAGAACCUCGAGUCGUUUGGCCUGGCAAAGUGUCACGACCUCGAGAGCCAUUUCUUCUAUUAAACAACAGGUGAGGAAGGUUCCAUCAUUUAGUUUUAAGACAUCUACGAGCACCCGUCCUUUUUCCUUUUCUUCCCCUGUUUUGAGACCACACGUUGCUUCAGAGUCAAACCCUAUGGAAUCGCGUUUGAAAACUUCAAAGAAUGUCGCUUACUGGUUAAUCGGAACUUCUGGACUGGUUUUUGGUAUAGUUGUUCUUGGUGGGUUGACUAGGCUGACGGAAUCAGGGUUGAGUAUUACAGAAUGGAAGCCUAUUACAGGUACGCUGCCUCCUAUGAACCAGAAGGAAUGGGAAGAAGAGUUUAUCAAGUAUAGGGAGUCGCCAGAAUUCAAGUUAUUGAACUCCCAUAUCGAUUUGGACGAAUUCAAGUUUAUCUUUUUUAUGGAAUGGAUUCACAGGUUAUGGGGCCGUGCCAUUGGUGCAGUUUUCAUCUUACCAGCCGUUUAUUUUGCCGUGUCCAAGAAAACCUCAGGCCAUGUCAAUAAAAGGUUGUUUGGAUUAGCAGGUUUAUUGGGGUUGCAGGGAUUCGUUGGCUGGUGGAUGGUGAAAUCCGGUCUUGAUCAAGAACAACUAGAUGCGAGAAAAUCAAAGCCCACUGUUUCUCAGUACAGAUUGACUACACAUCUAGGUACCGCUUUCUUCCUGUACAUGGGUAUGCUUUGGACUGGUUUAGAGAUUUUGAGAGAAUGUAAAUGGGUCAAAAAUCCUGUCCAAGCCUUAAGCCUUUUCAAAAAAUUGGAUAGCCCGGCAAUUGGCCCAAUGAGAAAGAUAUCUUUGGGUUUAUUGGCGGUGUCUUUUCUGACCGCCAUGAGCGGUGGGAUGGUUGCCGGUUUGGAUGCCGGUUGGAUCUAUAACACUUGGCCCAAAAUGGGCGAACAGUGGUUCCCUAGUUCUCGUGAAUUAAUGGACGAGAAUUUCUCUCGGAGAGAAGACAAGAAAGAUUUAUGGUGGAGAAAUUUGCUAGAAAAUCCAGUUACAGUUCAGUUGGUACAUAGAACCUGUGCCUACGUUGCAUUCACAUCUGUGUUAGCUGCCCAUAUGUAUGCCAUCAAGAAGAAGGCUGUUAUUCCCAAAAACGCAGUGACUUCCUUACAUGUCAUGAUGGGCGUCGUUACAUUACAGGCCACCCUUGGUAUUUUAACUAUAUUGUAUCUAGUCCCAGUUUCAUUAGCCUCUAUCCAUCAAGCUGGUGCUUUGGCAUUGCUUACAAGUUCUUUGGUUUUCGCCUCUCAACUAAGAAAACCAAGAGCUCCACUGAGAAACAUGAUCAUUACUUUGCCACAUUCAAGCAAAGUCACAAGUGGCAAAAUUUUAAGCGAAGCUUCCAAGCUAGCCUCAAGACCAUUAUAG